CUGACCCUGAAUGUGAAGAGUGAGAAGGUUUACACGCGACAUGGGGUCCCCAUCUCAGUCACCGGCAUUGCCCAGGUUGUUGUGAAGAGACAAUGAAGAGGAGGAGAAUCAUGUAGAAUAACCCAGCUUCCUUGCAAGAGGGAAAAGGUUCAAGCCACAAAUAAAUGUACUAAUAAGUAUAAAACCAAGCUGUUUGUUGCCCCAGUCAUACAGUCCAAACUGGGUCCAUUUUCGCUUCCAUUACCCUGGAUUAUACCAGCCACAGAUUUGGACCACGCCCACCCCCAGAAUAGUACCUGCUCCACCUCAGUCUCAGUUCCUUCCCAUGGCUUCCAGCUGCAGAAUGGUCUUUGCCCCACCCCCACGGUCAAGCGCUGCUUUGGCAUGGCCCCUGUCCAACGUCGCGUCUCACUCCACUCGAUUUGUCCUGACUUACAGCCAAGUGGUGGCUGUGGAAACAUCCCAGUCAAAGGCACUCCUUGAAGAGGGAGGCAGGAGAUGGCUGGGUCCCAGGCACCCUUUCUCUUUCUCUGCUUUCCUCUCUCCUGCCCCGAUACAGGUGAAGAUCCAGGGCCAGAACAAGGAGAUGCUGGCAGCGGCUUGCCAAAUGUUCCUGGGCAAGUCGGAGGCUGAGAUUGCCCAAAUUGCCCUGGAGACGCUGGAGGGGCAUCAGAGAGCCAUCAUGGCCCACAUGACUGUGGAGGAAAUAUACAAGGACCGGCAAAAGUUCUCAGAGCAAGUUUUCAAAGUUGCCUCCUCUGACCUGGUCAAUAUGGGGAUCAGUGUGGUCAGCUACACCCUCAAAGACAUCCACGAUGACCAGGAUUAUCUUCACUCCCUGGGGAAAGCCCGAACUGCUCAGGUGCAAAAGGAUGCCAGGAUUGGAGAAGCUGAAGCCAAGAGGGACGCUGGCAUCAAGGAAGCAAAGGCCAAGCAGGAGAAACUGUCUGCUCAGUAUCUGAGUGAAAUCGAAAUGGCUAAAGCGCAGCGGGACUACGAGCUGAAGAAGGCCACUUACGACAUUGAGGUGAACACAAGGAAAGCCGAGUCCGACCUGGCCUACCAACUCCAGGUGGCCAAGACAAAGCAGAAGAUCGAGGAGCAGAAGAUGCAGGUGCUGGUGGUGGAGCGAACCCAGCAGAUUCAGAUCCAGGAGCAGGAGAUGACCCGUAAGGAGCGUGAGCUGGAAGCCAAGGUCAAGAAGCCUGCUGAGGCAGAGCGCUACCGGCUCGAGAAACUGGCUGAGGCUGAACGGUCACAGCUCAUCAUGCAGGCCGAAGCAGAGGCUGAGGCGGUCAGGGUGAAGGGCGAGGCUCAGGCCUAUGCCAUUGAGGCCAAAGCUCGGGCUGAUGCCCAGCAGAUGACCAAGAAGGCUGAGGCCUUUAAGCAGUACCAAGAGGUGGCCAUGGUUGACAUGCUUCUGGAGAAGCUUCCAGAGAUAGCUGAAGAAAUCACCAAACCUUUGACUUCAGUGAAUAAGAUCACAAUGGUGUCGAGUGGGACUGGGGACAUAGGAGCCACCAAGAUAACCGGGGAAGUCCUGGACAUCAUGAAUAAACUGCCUGACACCGUUGAGAAACUCACAGGCGUUAGCAUCUCUCAGCAGCUGAACCAGAAGAAGCCAGGACGAAUGAACUAAAUACUGAAGAUUUGGGGUGAGAGAGAGAAAGCCUUCCUGAGCAUGAACUCCCACCGUCCUCAUCUGUGUGCAUUUGUAGAGUCUUUCCCCAUCCAGUACCCCCUUCAGAAUUGCCAAAUCUUUAUGGGGCUGAAUGGGUUGCAUGUUGGCUAACGAUAUUUAAAACUGCUGAGGUCUGUUAUGCUGUUGUACAGCUGUUGUAUCCUGGUGACACCUCAGUGCGUACCGUGGAGUAUCCUGGCAUCCAUUGCUAUUUGUGAAGCGUGGUCCUGUUGCUCCCGUCCAUUUAAACCCUUCCUGAUUCAUGACCACUGUGCACUUGAUUGACUCCGGUUCUUGCUUCGUUGCCUGGACCCUCCUGGCCAUCACAUACCUCCUCUUAAAAGUGGUGCCUCUCCAAGGAAUGAAGAACGGAUCUGCUUCUGGAAUUGCCAGGAAGGCAACUGGAAAAUAACUUGCAUGGAGCUGAAAUCUGACGCCAGUUCUUUUGGAGCUGGUUGUUGCUGGAUGCUUUGCUACCAGGACUUUUUAAAGUCUUUUGCUUAUGUAGGGCAUGUCAAAUGGUGGUCUAAGGAGUUGUGGCCUAUAUGUGAAGAUACUUUAAGGGGAUCAGUUUUCCGGUACUGACCAAUGCUUAUAAAAACCAGUGGUGGGCACAAACAUAGCCCUGCCUAGCUAUAUAUAGCCAAAUCUACCUGUAUUUUUCUAUGUACAUACUUCCUACCUACCUUUGUGCCAUAGUUCUGGGUGUCACACACCUUGAUUUCCCCACUUGGUAGAGCUCAAAUUAUUUUUUCCUUCACCUUUUGUUGCUAGUCACACCCCCACACACACACCAAGAUCUCACUCUCACAGCUUUUGGGAGCAUGUGUUUGCAGCUUUCCUUCACUAAACCACAAAAGUAGACUUGUGCCAAAGGCACAUUUAACACUCUCUGUGUUCUGUUGGGCAGAGCUGGUUGACCACUGUGGGAUGGAACUUCUUGUGGGCCAACAGAGUGAAUGCAUAUCUAUCCUGUCUAACAUCUUGAUGUGCCUUAUAUCCAUUUUAGCUUCUGGAACAAUCAUGCAUCACCACCUGUUCCAUGGCUCAAAGAAAGAGGAUGGAUACAUGCAUAAGCUUUUAAGAGUUUAAUAAUAAAGAGGAUCACAUAGUGCAGGUUUUCCUGGCCCAUCCCCAGUCAGAUGUGAGGACUGGGGUGAGAAGAAGGUUAUUUGUUACAUGUAGGAAAUUACCUUCUUCUGAGCCUUGUAGGAAAUUACGUUCUCCCUGCUUUGACCUGUGAAUUUUCUGCAUAUGAGGAGCUUUUAUGUGGGAGAACAUUCCAGUACAGGAUCCUUGCCCUGAAGUCCAAAACCAGAACUCUGUGCCACAUGUAGAUGUAUCUUCUCACGUAGGUGGCCUUGACACAAGAAGGUUGGCCCUCUAGGAGGUGGCUGUCCAAGCAGUGACAAUCAGUUGUGUGUAUCCUGCUUCCCCUUACCUCCAUCAGAAUGGGUAAACACCAGAAAGGAAAGUGUCCAGAGCCUCUCCUUUCUGCUAGGUGGCUUUUCCUAAUAUUCUGGACUGUUGCAGGCGCUCCAUGAGCUGUGGGUGCAUGGAUUCUGCUCUGAUGUGCUCUCCACGGGUGGCCCAAGCUGUGACAGAUGCAGCUCACUUUCUCAAUGAUUGGAUUGCUGUCACUCUGUCAGGGCCUGGAUGCCACCCCUUUAAUGACGACGGUGACGUCACCUGCUUGUGUCUACAGCUCUUGCUUGCUGUGUAGCCCACCCUCAGUGCAGUGCCUUGUCUCUUACCGUGGGGUAGGAGGUGCUCUGUCCUCUGUGCUAGCGACACCCUUGGCUUGUAAUAAACCCCGAGAUUACCAA